GAGCUUGGCUCUGCACUGCCGUGUGACUAGAAACUGUAAUAGCAGAGGCAAGGAGCAGCGAGGCAUCGCUGGGAGAGGGACAGAGACAGACCCUGAGAGGGACAGACAGACAGAUGGGAACCUGACUGAGCCAGGCUCCCUGCCAUGACAGGGUGACAGGGAUGGGCAGGAGAGAGGGAUAGUGGAGGAGGGCAGAGAUAGAGAAGGGGUCUGGUGGUGCCAAAGGAGGCAAGGCAGAGAAGGGACACCAAGGAGAGGGACCGAGGCUGGGAUCUGUGGGUGGAGAGGAAGGAGGCUGCUGGUGGAGGGAGACUGGGGUGGGGGGAGGACCAGCCCAGAGAAGGAAAGGGCUUGUGUAGUGGCCAAGGGACAAGAGAGGAGGGACGGCCUCCCCUAGGGGGUGGGAAAGGCAACAGGCCGGUGGGGGGGGGGCGCAGGGAGAUCCAAGAAGCCCCUGCGCCCCCCCCCAGCACAAGCUCAACAGCAGAGCCCCCGGGGCGGCUGCAGGCAUGUGGAGGGGGGGCCUGGGGCGCAGAGAGAACUCCAGCGGAAGCCGAGCCACCAGGCCCCCCAGCGUUCCCACGGAGUAUGAACAUUGAGGAUGGCGCAGGCCCUGGGCUCCCUGUGCCUCCCGCUGCCACCUGGUAGGAUGUCCUGGCCCCAUGGGGCACUGCUCCUCCUGUGGCUCUUCUCCCCACCCCUGGGGGCCGGUGGGGGCGGUGUGGCCAUCACGUUGGCUGCUGGAGGAGGCUCCCCACCAGCCACCUCCUGCCCUGCGGCAUGCUCCUGUAGCAACCAGGCCAGCCGGGUGAUCUGCACACGGAGGGAGCUGGCUGAGGUUCCCGCCAGUAUCCCAGUUAACACUCGGUACCUGAACCUGCAGGAGAACAGCAUUCAGGUGAUCCGCACGGACACAUUCAAGCACCUGCGGCAUCUGGAGAUCCUGCAGCUGAGCAAGAAUCUGGUGCGCAAGAUCGAGGUGGGCGCCUUCAACGGGCUGCCAAGCCUGAACACACUGGAGCUGUUCGACAACCGCCUGACCACGGUGCCCACGCAGGCCUUUGAGUACCUGUCUAAGCUGCGGGAGCUGUGGCUGCGCAACAACCCCAUCGAGAGCAUCCCGUCCUACGCCUUCAACCGCGUGCCCUCGCUGCGCCGCCUGGAUCUGGGCGAGCUCAAACGCCUGGAGUACAUCUCGGAGGCGGCCUUCGAAGGGCUGGUGAACCUGCGCUACCUCAACCUGGGCAUGUGUAACCUGAAAGACAUCCCCAACCUCACGGCCCUAGUGCGCCUGGAGGAGCUGGAGCUGUCGGGGAACCGGCUAGACCUGAUCCGCCCGGGAUCCUUCCAGGGCCUCACUAGCCUGCGCAAGCUGUGGCUGAUGCACGCGCAGGUGGCCACCAUCGAGCGCAACGCCUUCGACGACCUCAAGUCGCUGGAGGAGCUCAACCUGUCCCACAACAACCUGAUGUCACUUCCCCACGACCUCUUCACGCCCCUGCACCGCCUCGAGCGCGUCCACCUCAACCACAACCCGUGGCACUGCAACUGCGACGUCCUGUGGCUGAGCUGGUGGCUGAAGGAGACGGUGCCCAGCAACACGACGUGCUGCGCGCGGUGCCACGCGCCCGCCGGCCUCAAGGGGCGCUACAUCGGCGAGCUGGACCAGUCCCACUUCACCUGCUACGCGCCCGUCAUCGUGGAGCCUCCCACGGACCUCAACGUCACCGAGGGCAUGGCGGCCGAGCUCAAGUGCCGCACCGGCACGUCCAUGACGUCGGUCAACUGGCUGACGCCCAACGGCACCCUCAUGACCCACGGCUCCUACCGCGUGCGCAUCUCCGUCCUGCACGACGGCACGCUCAACUUCACCAACGUCACCGUGCAGGACACGGGCCAGUACACGUGCAUGGUGACCAACUCGGCCGGCAACACCACCGCCUCGGCCACGCUCAACGUGUCGGCCGUGGACCCCGUGGCCGCCGGGGGUGCGGGCGGCGGCGGCGGCCCUGGGGGCGGGGGCGGCGGCGGGGGCAGCGGCGGCUACACCUACUUCACCACGGUGACCGUAGAGACCCUGGAGACGCAGCCCGGAGAGGAGGCCCUGCAGCCGCGGGGAACGGAGAAGGAGCCUCCGGGGCCUACCACGGAUGGAGUGUGGGGCGGAGGCCGGCCUGGGGACGUGGCCGGCCCGGCCUCGUCGUCCACCACAGCCCCGGCCCCGCGCUCCUCGAGGCCCACGGAAAAGGCGUUCACAGUGCCCAUCACGGACGUGACAGAGAACGCCCUCAAGGACCUGGAUGACGUCAUGAAGACCACCAAGAUCAUCAUCGGCUGCUUCGUGGCCAUCACCUUCAUGGCCGCCGUGAUGCUCGUGGCCUUCUACAAGCUGCGCAAGCAGCACCAACUUCAUAAGCACCAUGGGCCCACACGCACCGUGGAGAUCAUCAACGUGGAGGACGAGCUACCCGCCGCCUCUGCUGUGUCCGUGGCCGCGGCCGCUGCUGUGGCUGGAGGCGCUGGCGUGGGUGGGGACAGCCAUCUGGCCUUGCCCGCCCUGGAGCGUGACCACCUCAACCACCACCAUUAUGUGGCGGCAGCCUUCAAGGCCCACUACAGCGGCAACCCAGGAGGUGGGGGCUGCGGGGGCAAGGGCCCCGGUGGCCUCAACUCUAUUCACGAACCUCUGCUUUUCAAGAGUGGCUCCAAGGAAAACGUGCAAGAGACACAGAUCUGAGGCCAUAUCCCCUGGCCCGGCCUGGACACGAAGGGCAGGGGAUGAUGCCCACGGGUCCCGCCUGUGACAGGCUAGGCUGCAGGCCUGCACUGUAGCCCUCCCCAAACCCACCCAUCCUGGCCAUAAGAAGGGACCUAGGGUUCAGGAGAGGCGGCUGAGCCCCCUGCCUUGUUCCCCAUCAUCCUGACCACCCACCCUGCCCACCACCGUCCAGGGGAGAGGAGCUUUUUUGAAGGGUGCCCUUUCCCCUUACCCCCCCCCCCACAGCCCUCCUUUUAUGGUUUUGUUUUUGUUUUGUUUCUUUUUUGUUUUUCAGUACGACGCCUGCCCUUCUGGCCCACUCCUCCACUUUGGAAACCCAAGAAAUAGACAAUGGCAUCAGAGUCCUGGUGACAACCCCUGUGGUGUCCCCCAGGCUGAGUUCCACUCCUGGCCCUGACCUAGCUGGGGGUGGGGAGUCCCUAUCGCCCAGCCCCUUCUGCCCCACAGACUCUUUUGAUACUGAAGGGAGGUUUGCGUCGACGACUACCUGCUCUGUAAUUACUUUAAAAAAAAACACGGAAAAAGUAAAAAAAAAAAAAUUAAUAUA